AUGCAUGAACUCAGCCCCACGUCACAUCUAUUCUUACCUGUCUUCCAGUGCGACCCCGCUAAAGCGCUCAAAGCCCUGUUUGACGCCGUGUGGGCGGGGCCCCAGUACCUGCUGCUGUUUGGAGGGGUGUGUCCACCUGUGACAGCGCUCAUCGCCGCGCUCUUCCGGCGCCGGCCUGGUGCAGGUGCUGACCUCAGCCUCACGCUGGUGACGAAGUUGUACAGAAACCUGUUCAGCAUGGUGCCGUCAGACCGAGUGCUCAACCAGGCUGCCGUGAAGCUGCUGCAGCGCUACAAGUGGACCAGAGUCGGCGUGGUCACGCAGGAAGGACCCAGACUCUCCGAGGAUGAGGACGUUCGCAUCAUCAUCGCACAGCUGGAAGAUGAGGCUGUGUCUGAGGUGUUCUGCUGUGCGUACAGACUGAACCUGUUUGGAGCUCGGUACCAGUGGAUCAUCGCUGGCGGAGGAGCAGCUGGGUGGAGGCUGGGGUGGAAGUUUUCUGGCUGUACGGCCAACAGCCUCCUGGUGGCGGCAGACGGGUCCGUCCGGCUGCAGGUCCGAGAGCUCGGCAACGCCAACACGCCGGGAGUCUCUGGACGGACUCCUCAGGACUACCAGGACUCCUACCUCAGGCAGCUGAUACAGGAGAGGUCAGAGGUCAGCUCGCUGUACUCCUUCGCCUAUGAUGCCGUUUGGGUCGUUGCCAGAGCUCUGAGCCAGGUGACGGAGGCGGCGAAACAGAGAGAGAAAUACAGGAACGUGACGGUCAGCGAGGAGGAGGUGGCGAGGAUGUUGCUGGAGGCCGUGAGAAGCACGCGGUUCGAAGGAGUCACAGGUCCAGUUUUCUUUUGGAACGGGGAGAGAAUGACGUCGAUCGAGCUGGUCCAGUUUCAAGUCAGCAGUGGUGUCCUGGUGGGGGAGUUCAAUACCAGCACCCAACAACUCCGCUUGAUACACCACCUGCUCAGGUUCAAAGGUCCAGGACCAGCUAAAGACCAGCCUGCUGUCCUUCUGCAGCACCGUCACAUCAGCCUCCUCCUGUACAUCGUCAUAUCAUCAGCUGCUGGUGUGACCAUCAUCAUCGCUCUGAUCCUCCUCUUCUUCGUCAUCAUCAACCACAAACACCGGCGGCUCGGCUCAGGCGGUGCAUCCCAGGACGAGCUGCUCCUGCUGGGCGUCCUGCUCUCCUCCUCCUCGGUGCUGUUUUCCGGCCUGGAUGAAGCCUCGCUGUCGGACUGGAUGUUUGGGGUUCUCUGUUCUGUCCGUCUGUGGACUCUUGCCGUGGGGCACACUGUGGGCUUUGCUGCGCUCUUCACUAAAACAUGGAGAGUCUACUCGGUGUUCAGCAUCAACCAGAAGCAUGCGGCGCCGUCUGUCUGUCCAGCUGCCCAUCCUCCAUCAUUCCUACCUGCCCAUGAUCGGUGGCGUCAGCUCCAGCAGCUCCAGCCUGUUCAGCAGCCAGGAAGUCUUUGUCGAUCAGCACAAUAACUCCCUGUACACCUGAUGGCAGGAAGCUGCAACUUUGACCUCCUUGGGAAAGAUAUAUGGGACUUAAUGCUGUUGCGUACACAAAUAAGCCAGAACAUUAAAAUCACCUGCCAGUAUUUUCUGCUCUGCUUUUGAGGUGUGUUGGGGAGGCUGCUGCCAUCUGGGAGUGCCACGCCCACUGCAGUGUAAACCCAAACCCUCAAAGUUCUUAAGUAAUAGUAGUUUAAAUACAAAUGCUAAGAUUCAA